CCGGACGCCGAAGUUAUGAUGAAUCUUGCCGAUCAAGAGGUUCCCGCCGCGACGACGGAAUUGGCGGGCUUACCCGGAAACGGAUUCGGCAGAUUGCCCGAGCCGCUUCAGACGGUCGCCGGUGAAUAUUGCCCCAGCAGCUACCCGGUUUCCCAGACAACAAGCAGUGACAAUGACAAGCUACAAACCGGCACCGAAUUGUACAUGCCGCAGGGUUACAGGCAAGAAGCUUGGCUACAGGAUGGUAGCAGCUCCGAGACCGAAGACAGCGAACAGUACGUGCCCGAGUUUCAUCAAAUGUCGAGUGCGAACGUGAAGCAAGAAUCGAGCAAUUGCACAAGAAACGGUGGCACUGGCAGCUAUCCGCAGUAUCAGUCUUCCAUUACGCAUAGUCAAAAUGGUGAUUUCCUGGAACUCAGCUCGGACCGUUGCUUUGGGAAUCGGAAGAUAAACGCACCGGCCAGUAAGACCGGCGCGAAGGACGUCGCCGUGAAGGAAGAACCGACGGAUCGCAGCUACGCCGAGCCGCUUCCCAUAACGAACUUAUCAACAUCCGCGACAUCGCAGGACACGCAGAAUGCGAGCAGUCUGAUUUAUCAGCAGCGCCAGCAGCAACAGUACAGCAACGUGAGGGAUCAUCCUAGAGUCUCCUCACCGUCGUCCAGUCGACCGGCCAGUGCAUCGUCUUCGACCUCUCAAUGGCAAUCGACCUUCUCGUCCGUUUCCUCCGAAACCUUCCUGCCGCGACAGGAAAACUGGAAUACCGAUGCUUACUCAAAGCGGAGCGGCACGCCGACCUGGACAGAACUCGGCACGCAAUUAGAUCCCAGAAGCUCGUCCUGGGAUCGGCAGAACGGCUGUUACCAGAAGAAAGGCUCGCCCGUGUCCACGUGGAACCCAGAUCACAUCAACAAGAGGCCGUCAUCGGCGACUGGUGUGACUGCCUGGAGCGACGUGGCCGUCGGUUAUCAGCAACAACGACGCGGCUCCCUGCAACUCUGGCAGUUCCUGGUCGCUCUGCUGGACGAUCCCGCGAAUGCGCCCUGCAUCGCUUGGACCGGCCGCGGAAUGGAAUUCAAGCUGAUCGAACCGGAAGAGGUGGCGCGAAGGUGGGGCGUGCAGAAGAACAGGCCGGCGAUGAAUUACGACAAACUGAGUCGUUCAUUGAGAUAUUAUUACGAGAAAGGCAUAAUGCAGAAGGUCGCUGGCGAGCGAUACGUCUACAAAUUCGUCUGCGACCCGGAAGCGCUGUUCAAUAUGGCGUACGGUACCGGCGCGUCCUCGGGGAUCAGCGGCGAUGUUUCAGGCGCUAUGGUACGUGGUCACGCAGCAUCUGGGAAAGGAACGAGCGGGAACGAAGUCCCAGAUUUGAUGAAGCAUUCCGCCGCGGGCUACAGUGACGCGGUUUUCGCUAUGUACUCGAAUACCGCUGCAGUGUACGGCUCCUCCAGUCUUCACCACCACCUGCACCAGUACCUCGGCGGUAACGAGAGCUUCAAAACGCCAGCGAGCCGAUACCACCCGCAUUAUCCCCAUCAGUACGGCAGCAACCACCAUCACCACCACCAUCACCAUCCGCCACCGAGCUACACGGAGACCUUCCUCAACUACAGUCGACUACAGUCAACGUCGCACGAGUCCACGCUCGAUUCGAAAAUGCAGGAACCACCAUCAAGGGACGCCUCGUACAGCCAGGAAACGGUGGCGGAGAGUACCGGCAGGGACCGGGAUACCAGCGCGUCGAUACCGUACGAAGGGGUGCAGAGAACGCAAUUACCAGCGAUGACGCCGGCAGCGGCGUCCGCGCAACCCUCGAUACUCGUGGACGGCGCGGCGAGCUCGAAAAUCGAGCAUGCGCCGUACACGUGUCUGGGGGUCGGCAGCUGCAUGAAAAUGGCAAAGACGAAAUCCACGGAUCAGGAAGAGAGCGCCAUGGGUUUCAAGGACAAGCAGAAGGCGCUGGACACACUGAAGAUCCUGGACGGUCGCGAUGUCAGUUAUCAGUAUCACGUGAUCAUGAGCUUCGUCAGCCGCGCGAAAAGGACACUGCAGAUCACGCGGGACGAGGAGAAACUGGCCAAUCUGCGAGACGCUCUGAAGACCUUCGAGGACUGGCUGGUGGACUACAAGGAGAACAAUCGGAGCAAGGAAAACCUCGCGUACCUGUCACUUGAGACAAUCAAGGCGUUCCGCAGCCUGGCGAAGAAAUACGACGUUUGGGACGAGGAGUUCUUCAAUGCGUACAAGGACGAGAAGGGCGACUACAAGGGCCUGCGCGCUGUAAAAGUGCCCGGCAAAGACGUCACGUGGGACAUCGAGCGGAACCGACGGCUGAAGGAGAUCGUCGGGCGAAUCAAGCAGGAGUACAUUCAGUGGUACGAAACGGACGUGGGUGAUUUCCGAGGGUUCCCGACGAAGGAACACGCGCAGUGCAUCGUGCUCGCGUACAGUCCGGAUCCGAUGAAGCUGAGGAAACUAGCGAGCCAGGCACGUGAUAGGUUUGGCGGCGACGACGAUGAUGACAUGGAUGUUGAAGAGGAAGAGCAGAAAGGCACUAAGAGGACACGUGACAGCUCCUCGUCGGACAGCGACAGCGACAGCGAGCCGGAAAGGAAGUGCGCCAAGCGCUCGCCGGAGGCUGAACAGAGCGAGAAGAACGAAGAGAACGAGAGAGCGGAAAGCGGCGCGCUGAGCUUCAAGGAUAAGGAACGAGCCCUGCAGAGCAUCAAGUCCCUAAAGGGCAGAGACGUAUCGUAUCAAUUUCAUGCGAUCAGCGGCUUGGUGAAAAGGGCCGAGAGGGUGAUAUCGUGCACCAAAGACGAGCAGAAGAUCAAGAACAUGAGGGAGGCUGUGGAGGUCUUCGAGAACUGGAUCACCGACUAUAAUGUGAAUGGCCGAUCGAAGGAGAACUUCAAUUAUCUGACGAUCGACGUCGUGCGAGCCUUCAAGCCGCUGGCCGAGCGAUAUAACAUCGAAGACAAUGGUUUCCUCGAAGUCUACGACGAGGUAGACGGCGACUAUAAGAAGCUCAGAUCCGUACGCGUCCCGGAUACGGAUGUCACGUGGGACGUGAAGAGGAACGAGCACCUGCGCGAGUUGGUAAAUCGUAUAAAGAAGGAGCACAUUCAGUGGUUUGACGUGGACGCUGAAUUUCGAGGUUUACCAACCGCGGAACACACGCGGUGCAUCAUGUGGGGUUUCAGCCCCGACGUCGCGAAGCUGAAGAAGCUUCUGCCCACAUUAAGCGAGAAGCUAAAACCCGCCGACUAAUGUCAUGAUUUAAUAAAUGUUGAAUUCCUCUCCCGGAGCGUAUCGUCGGUUUCAAAACCGGCGGUUUUUUGCAAUAGUGAGAAUAAGAAAAGAAACGCGUUGUAUGUUGUAUAUUUUAUCGCUAUAUUUUAUUGUUGUUCAUGUACAUUUGUAUAUCAAAUAUUUUAUUUUGUAAGCAAUGUGGGAAAAAUAAUAUGGCACCGUGUGUUUCGAGAGACUCGUUAGCAAGAGAGUUAGAAGAGCACAACCCAUACAGCGCGUAAGCUUCCAGUUUUAUUGCAGGAAUGUUGCAACAUUACAAGUUGCAAUGUAAUUUUGCAGAAAUAUACAGUUGCAAUAUUGCACCGAAAUGAUCCUGCAAAGUUGUAUGCGUUUUCGCUCCGCACCGCUAGGUGGUGCAUAUGUCGAGUUCUUGCUCGACGUUAAGAUUUAGCUUCACAAUUAUAUAAGUACGUGCCUUGGCAUGAUAAUGAUUCUUCUGAGAACUUUUGCACUUGCGGCAGAGGUUCCCAUGGGCAACGUCCACGCACGCCGCAGGCAUCUGAAGUCAUUAAAUUUGCCCAUUUAAUCAUAAUUAAGUAUUAGCUAAAAAACAGAUUACUUUAUAAUAUUGGACCAAUAUAAAUUACUCUCUUUUACUAUACUAUUAUAUUUUUUGCAAUGUUUCUGGAGCACACGUUUCAAUGUUGCUGCAACGUUUCCUAGGGCGGACAUUUCAACGUUACUGCAAUGUUGCAGCAACAUUGCAGAGGCAUUUCGCAACUUCCAUGCGAUAUUGCAAUCUUUCAAUGUAAGAUUUCUGCAACGUUUCUGCAACCUUUCGGUGCUGUAUGGGAAGAAAUUAAUUAUUAGAAUUAACUAUAAAAUUAAAACAUGUCGUAUUACAUAAUAUGGUAUAUAACUGUAUGUACAUACAUGUAUAUGUAAAAUUAAAAAUUUCUGUUUUAUUUUACGAAGCUA